AUGUCACCGUGGGUCAGGUCAGCGGAGAACGAGCGUGUGGGGAACAUCACCGUCAUCGCCUGGCAGAUAGAGGAGAAGCGCGAGCAGAGGGCUCCUGUUGCAAGGUUACAGAGAGGAGACACUGUUAAUGGAAGGAUGGUUCUCCCUGUUGAUGAAAGCCUGACUGAAUCCAUGGGUAUUAGAUCCAAGUCUUCAUCUCUGUGUAAAGACCCUCUGCUAAAGGCUGUUUUCGGGGGCGUCAUGUCGCGAACGUACCGGUUCCCCACCACGGACGGCAACCACCUUCGGAUCCUGGAGCAGAUGGCGGAGAGCGCGCUCUCCCUGCAUAUUCCUCGACAGUUUGUGAAGCUGCUGCUGGAGGAAGACGCUGUCAGGGUGUGUGAGCUAGAGGAGCUGGGUGAGCUGUCCGCGUGCUGGGAGAACCUCAGGAGGCAGAUCAUCACGCAGUAUCAGACCAUCAUCCUCACCUACCAGGAGACCAUAAGUGACCUGCAUGAAUACAAAGGUCCGUCAUUUAAAUCCAGUACGUUGAAAGCUGAGAGGAAGUUGGAGUUUAUUCCUACUAACCUGCACAUCCAGAGGAUGAGAGUACAGGGAGAGACUGGCUAUGACCGGACAUACGAUGUUGUGACCAUCGGUGCUCCUGCAGCACAUCAUCAAGGCUUUAAAGGCUGCGGCCUCCGAAAACUGCUGCACAAGCUGGAAGAAGCCAGGAAACACACUUACGAGGAGGAAAGCUCUGCAGGCUCUGGCUCUAAAGUGAUGGCGUACCAGCCUCAGGAUGUUGUGAAAGCGAAGGAGCUGAUUGGUCAAAUAAACACUCUGAAGACACAAGUGUGUUACUACACCGAACGUCUGUCUCGAGCCGCCAAGGAGCGCUCAGCCAACGCUCUGGAGAGAACCCUGGCCAUCCUAACAGAGAAGACUCGUCAGUUGGUGACCGUGUGCGACUCCAAGCUGCUGUCCACAGCCAUCCUCGCCCUGGCAGCCGCCCGCCCAGAGUUGACUCAGCGAAGCACCCCAUCCCCGUCCUCCUCCUCCCUCUCACCCUCCUCACGUUCCCCAUCACGCUCCCCCUCCCGCCACCCGACCUCCCCGUCACGUGCUGCCACCUCGCCCUCUCGCCAUGCGGCUCCACCGGAGGGCAGCGAAGGGAGUAAAAACAAGCGUGCUUCCUUGCAGGCAGAUUUACACGAGGAGGAGUGGGAGAAGGUUUGGCUAAAUGUUGAUAAGAGCCUGGAGUGUGUGAUCCAGAGGGUGGACCGGCUGCUGCAUCGGGACAAAAUCCAGAGCGACAGCAGCUCUGAGGACGUCUUCCUGCUCGCCAAUGAGGAGCCGAGCAGCACUAAGAAAGAUAUCAGCCCAGAGGUAGAAAAGGUGGAAAAGACCUCUCCAGGUGAAUGGAGCGAGGCUUUGUACCCACUCCUCACCACUCUGACGGACUGUGCGUCUCUAAUGAGCGACAAAGCCAAGAAGGCCAUGGUGUUCCUGCUGAUGCAGGACAGCGCCCCCACCAUCGCCAUGAGCCUCACCCUGCAAUAUCGCCGCGACGUCGUCUUCUGCCAGACGCUGACGGCACUGAUCUGUGGCUUCGUCAUCAAGCUGAGGAACUCUCUCUGUGACUCGGGCUUCCUCAGGCAGCUACACACCAUCGGCUUACUGGUGCAGUACGAGGGCCUGCUCAGCACCUAUGGUGAGGAGCUGGCCAUGUUGGAGGACAUGAGCGUCGGAGUGAUGGACCUGAGAAAUGUCACCUUUAAAGUCACCCAGGCAACUACGGGCUUUGCCCCAGACAUGCUGCCGGUGAUCACAGGAAACAGAAGUGGCUUCAACGUCAGGGUCCCGAUGCCCGGGGUGAUGUUCGACACUCUGCCGCGAGAGAUCCAGAACGGGAUGCUGCUGCGCGUACAGCCCGUCCUAUUCAACGUGGGGAUCAACGAACAGCAGACGCUGGCUGAGAAGUUUGGAGACACGUCACUACAAGAGGUGAUCAACAUGGAGAGCAUGACUCGCCUCAGCUCGUACUAUGACCAAUUUAAAGAAGUCCUGCCAGAAGACUGCCUGCCUCGCUCCCGCAGCACCACCAGUCUGCCCGAGCUGCUUAAACAGCUGAGCCAGAGCGUGAACGCCAAGAAAAGCAAGAACGUGGAGAUUCUGUGGCAAGCAGCCGAGGCAUGUCGCCGCCUGAAUGGAGUGCGUUUCACCAGCUGUAAGAGCGCCAAGGACCGCACGGCCAUGUCCCUGACCCUGGAGCAGUGUCAGAUCCUGCAGCAGGAGCACGCCCUUGCCCCACAGGUCUUCUACCAGGCCUUGGACUGUAUGCGCAGCGAGGGCUGCAGGAGAGAGAACACCAUGAAGAAUGUGGGAUGCCGUAAAUACGCCUUUAACUCUCUCCAGCUCAAGGCCUUCCCCAAACAAUACCGCCCUCCAGAGGGGACGUACGGGAAAGUUGAGACCUAAGCGGACUCCUCGAGGCGGAGGAACACCAAAAGACUGACGGGGAUAAUGAUGAUAGCACCACACGAAAAUACCAAACACAAACUGGAACAACAGCCCUUUGUUUUGUGCUUAGUCACUGUUAAGAUGAUUAAUGUCCAAGUGCCAGUGCUACUGUAGAUUGUUUUAUAGCAGUUUCCCCCUCUCUUCCAGUAGUACUAGACUCACACACUUUUCACAGCCACAUCACAGCCAGAAACAGUAACAGUGGCUUUCUGUGUGACAUCGUAGCCAGUGUGCAGACAACACUGUUGGCGCCUGUACCAGUCGUAGCAUCAGGAAGCGUUCAGCUGAGUCAUUUUAACUCGUGUCCCUAGAAAUAAGAUAUGCAGCCAUUAGAAAGAUGGUGUGGGACUCAUGUUUGUGCUUCUCCCUAAUGCUUUUAUUUCAUUUUAUCAGUUUGUCUGUUAAAGAUAAGAAGGUAUUCUGUUUCUUUUCUUAUUAUCAACAAAUCCCAUGCAAAGACCAAAACCUGCAAUGACCUUAUCAGAUGAGUACUGGCUACUGAUUCUGACGGUGCAGAGCUCCAGUGUCCUCCAAAAACUAUAGACCAAAUCAGAGUGACAUCGCUCUAACAACAACAGUCACCUAGUCAGACAACCGGCAGUUGAGUUCAGUUGUGGAGAUAUGUGAAUUUAAUUAUUAAAAAUGAUUUCUGUUGUCAUUUUCAGCCAUAGCUGCAACGUUUAAAGAUGAUAUUGUUCGACACUGUAGCCAAACCUGUCUGACUUUCCUGCUGUGCUUUUUUUAUGUACUUUGUUGCUUGGCAAGCAUCUUCCAUAAAUCAAAUCAACCAGUGCGGAAGUUAAACAACAAACUACUGUGGACGGGGGCUGUGGCAAAAUAUAUUUUAGCCAUAUAAAAGAUCCGCCCUUAAAAAAUCAAUAUCCAUUUAAGUGUACGCAAUAUUUGAAAAAUAUUUCCACUGCUUUACCUUAGAACCAGAAACUCCUGUGUUUUGCAAAGUAAAAUUACUGCUUUUGUCAAUGUUCUAAAUAUAGCAUACACUUAAACUGAUAUUGAUUUCUUUUUUAUAGGUGGCUAAAAGCUAUCCAGUUGAGGCAGGGUUUGUUUUGUUUACUGAGCCCUUUAAAAAACUGUGUGUGCAAUAUAUCCUUAUCCAACGGUUCGUAUGAUAUCUAACGAAUAACCGCACCAUGAAUGACAUUACUUUCGUAAUGUAAAGUUACAUACCUGGUGUAAAGUUGCAUGGGUUGGAUUUAGGAAAAGAAAAGAUGAUGGACCUUAAAAUGACUCAUUUCUGCCCCGUUUCCACCCAACAUUUUCAGUACCAUUGGAACCAACAGUAACCCUUCAGACAUGGUACCUAGACCCUAGCGUUUCCACUGCAAACACUCUUAAAAGUGGGCGGGGUUGUUGUCACUCACUGCUCCAUCUAGCACCCACUGUAUUUCUUCUUUUAUCAGUCUGCACCUCGUUCAUCGUCCACAGAACGAGGUUGCACGCUAACAUUUUCUGAACAAAAUAAAACAGGCUGCGGUGAGAGUCAUCUCUCCAUGUAGUCCUUCUCAGGCAAGCUGAGGGGUUUAGUGUUGCUGUAGCCCACAGGAAAGAUGCUCCGCGAUGCUUUUUUUCAUUUUAUAGGCACCCCAACAGAGGGGGGACCAAAAAUGGGGACGGUUGCGAACGGUUCCAUUGGUACCAUCCACAACUUUUCACAGUGGAAACGGGAAAAAAAAGCGUAUUGAACUGAACUGUACCGUACUGUUCGGUGGAUAUGGGGCUCUGGUUUCACACUAUUCUGAUCACCGAUCUCAUGCGAGAAAGUCCUGUGUUUUUUGACCCAUCCACCACCCCAACCUUUCUUAUUAUGCAUAAGAGACUUCAAGUCUUUGUACUAAUGAAGCUCAGACAGACAGUUGAAGACGAAGUCAUUCACCCUUUGCAGACAUGCUCACUCACUAUCUCGAGGUGACACUGUCCAGGCACAAAGAAACACCUUCUCUCUCACCCUAGCUCACUGCUCCUUAUUUUAAAUAUGGUUCUUUCUCUGCCGUAGUUCUUUCUUGCUGCUGUCAUGCACACCCUCCCCCUCCCCCUCCCCACCUAGACUUUACAGAUUCAUCAGCCUCAUCCACCUCAGCAGCCUCAGAGUCAUCAGCCACCACCACCAGUGUCUAGACUCCAUGUGGGGAUUUAUCUCGGUGCUGCUCAGAUGCCCCUCGAUCACAAAAUAUCUCCCUCCGGUGUCCAAGCGCCAAAGACUUCUGUUAAAUCUUAUUCAGCACAAAUCAUAUGUUAAUCUGUACACUCAUAUUCUGUAUUAAAUAUUAUAUUUGCUUCAUUCUUCUGUCUCUCCUGAUUGAACUACCGUCUUUACUACAGUUUUUUGUGCAUUAGAUUUAUGUGUUCAGGAGCAACAAAGGGAGUAAGGAAGUCCAAAGUAUUGAGAACCAAUCAAAGCAUUGCUGGUUUUUGGUCUUUUUAUGGGAUUCAUUGACAAUAAGAACAAUGAAGAAUAAUUUCAGUCUCAUCCUUUAAGGCUACACUAGGCAAAUUUCUGACCUAAAACACUGAGCAAAGCUACUUUGAGAGCACACAGAUCUUAUUAUAUUGGUCAAGACAAGUUAGGCCUAAUGGUAACAGCAGCAAAAAAGUAUGUGAUUGUCUGGAGAUUACAAAUUGUGACAACAUUUUUUGAGAAAUGAGUGUGUACCUUGCUGCCAUUUGAAGCUGCCUAUAUGUGAAGUUGCCCAGUGUAGCUUUGAUUAGACCAGUGGUUCCCAACUGGUGGCUUGUGAUCCAAAAGUGGGUCGCGGGUCCAUUCUUAAUGGACCACAAGUGACUCACAAUCAUGUCGAGUGUUUGUAAGAACACUGAAUUUCUGGCAUAGAGCUUUUAUUUUGAAGUGCCGUUUCCUGCUGUAGAGUGAGUUACUAACCGACAUGGCCAAACACAAGUAUGACACUGAAUAUAUUAAACUGUUUGGACCUUGAACUACUGAGUAAGGAGAAAUCUGGACCCUGGGACUGGACCAGUUGGGAACCACUGGAUUAAAUGAUCAGGUUGUCAAACAAAUGUCUUUGCCUGUUAACAUAUUUCUCUGGACCUAAAGUCAAAGCACUUGUUUUGUAUAUUUUAGUGCUUUUAGCCUGUUGCCUGUUUCCCUCCCACUGUCUCUCCUUCUUCUCGUCUUACUUCUUGAAACACAUAAAUAUUCACCAUAUCACUCUCUACAACAAGCACAGAUCUUAAAGACACAACUAUCUAACGACACUAUCUGGCUUUUGUAUCACAACGAGAUGUCUGAUGUGAUUUCUGAGGUCCUUCUGAUGCUUCGCUGGAGGCUUCAAUGAGGAGCUGGUUCAGUUGUGGUGCAUCACAUUAUUCAAUAAACAUAUCUACAGAUAUUUACGACAUUUCUGCAGGUUAUAUGCAGUACUAUAACGGUUCAAUAGCCCUUCAGACUUGCAUUUUUAUUUAUGACAAGUGUAUGUUCUCAGUUUUACAGCACUCUUGAAUUAUGCAGAACUUUGUGAUGGAAAUUGAAUAAAAGCUUCGUUAAUUUAACCUGCAUGAAGAUUUAAAAAAACUGCUUUCUACUAUUGCACUUGUAUACUGUUGCAAUCAAGAGUACCCAUGAGCACUUGAUGGAUGUUUUUAGACUGAAGUGAAAUAAUGCAUAUUGCAUUUUUCUACCGACCAUCAACAGCACCUCUUCUGUUGUCAGUUUACCAGCUCCGGGCUCCGAUGUACCUUAUUGUACAAAACUUACAGAGACAGUGGAUUUUAUUUUGAAAAUGUUAUUUUGCUUACAGUUGUUUUUGUUGAUACGGCUGUUGUUGCCAAAUGUUGUUUUAUCCAUUGUUAUUGAGUAAGUUAGGACCUUGUUCUGAUCAGUUGUGCAUGCACAGAGGUUGGACAGGGGAGUCUGGGAGACGCCUGCACCCCCACAGAGGUACCAAGUGAAACUCGAUGAUCAAUAAAGGCUUGUCAAUGCCAAAUUAGUGUGUUG